AUGAGUAAGGAAUACAUUGCUGAGUUCUGCAAUGAGGUUGCAGAGCUUGAUUGGAACAAAGAAGCGUAUAUUGCGCAAUUCACUAGGGGCCUUCAUUGGAAGGUUAAGGAACUCCUGUCCACUAAGGACAACAUCCCAGACAAUCUUGAAGCCAUAUUUGCUGCCUCAAUCAAAACUGACAAUACCCAUUGGGAAAACAAGGAGAACCACCCCAAAAAGGCAGCCAAGGCCCCAGUCACUGCAACCACUUCCACCACUACCACUCAUUGGGUCUGCCUAUCUAAGGACCCCAACUAUGUCACCCCUGAGGAACAACAUUGCUGCCACACAGCAGGACUGUGCAUCAAGUGCAGCCAAAAUGGCCAUGGGAUCAAACAGUGCCCAAAUGGUUGGAAAGCUAUCCUAAAAGAAACAGCUAAGGUAGCUGAGUCUGAGGAGGUCUUUGGAGAAGAAGAAUUUAAGGUCCUCCCUCCACAUAGGGAAUAUGACAUUGCCAUAGACCUCCUCCCAGAUGCUAAACUCUCCCCAGGCUCCAUUUACGGCAUGACAGAUGCAGAGUCUAAAGCCCUGAAACAACAUAUUGAAGUAGAAUUAGCCACAGGCAAGAUUUUCCCCAGUACUUCUUCAGCAGGGGCCCCUGCCAUGAAGCUCAAUGAUGUUACGCUCAAAAAUGUCUACCCCUUACCUAGUCAGGAUGACCUAAUGGCCAAGUUGCAUCAUGCCAAGAUAUUCACAAAACUAGACCUAAGGUGGGGCUAUAACAAUGUACAGAUCAAGGCUGGAGAUGAAUGGAAAACAGUGUUUAGAACAAAAUAUGGGCUAUUUGAAUAUCUGGUGAUGCCUUUUGGCUGA